GCGGAGGCCCUGCACCGCCGAGCUCUUGCAGGGCGCGAAGCGCACCUCGGCACGAAUCACCCGGACACGCUCACCUCCAUGAACAACCUGGCGGUGCUCCUGCGGCAGCAGGGGAAGCUGGCUGAGGCUGAAGAACUGCAACGCAAAGCGCUCGCAGGGCUUGAAGCGCAGCUGGGAGCGAGCCAUCCCAACACGCCAAUCAUGCUGGACGUUCUCGCUGUGAUCCUCGAGUCGCAAGGCAAAUUGGAAGAGGCGGAAGGGCUGCACCGCCGAGCCUUGGAAGGCGGCGAGUCCCAACUGGGAGCCCAACACCCCAACACGCUCAACUCGGCUAACAACUUGGCCGUUGUCUUCGAGAAGCAGGGCAAGUUGGAGGAGGCGGAGGAGCUCUAUCGCAGGGCCCUGACAGGAUCCGAAGAUCAGCUGGGCGCCGUGCAUCCGCAGACCCUUCAAUCCGUCUGGAAUCUGGCGAAGCUUCUGGAGGUGAAAGGCUCCGUUGCAGAGGCGUGGCAUGGAGGCCCCUGCAAGGGUCACAGGGGAACAGUCGAUAGCCAUCGAUA